AUGGAUAUCGACACAAAGCCCAACAUCCACACCCAAGUCAAGACUGAGGUCAAGACCGAGGUCCCUGCUGGUUGCACUUCGUCAGCCUCUAACACGUCCAACGUCGUCAGCUUCAAGACCAAGGAAGGCUACCUGCGCGAAGUUCCUUCUCUCUACGUCCGCAUCCACCCCGCUGCCCACCCCAUCGUGUGUGACGAGACGGCAAAGACCAUCGACGACUGGAUCAACUAUGUUGCCACUCAGCAGGUCCUCCCCCCUGAAGUCAAUGACAAGCCCCACGCGGCCAACCUUGGCUACAUUACCAUGGCCCGCUUCCAUGCCGCCUACGGUAUUCCAGACCAAUCUCUCCAGCUUUGCGAAUCCGUUUCCGUUUUCCUCGGCUCUAACCUCGUCUCGCCUUUCGUCGCCUAUGGCGUCGGCGCGCACCUGAAUGAUGUCGAUCUCUGCGCUCUGGCGGUGAGCCACCCAUCCGAGUUGAUCGACAAGGGACACACUUGCGCGUACAGCGCCGUCGGACCUUGCUACUGGUACAACUAUCACGGUGACGAUGACCACACCCACCCGCAGGCCAAGGAUGUCCCCUUCGCCAAGCCCGGCGGCACUCUCGACCCGCAGGCCUUUGGCGCAAUCUACUGGUCGCUCCUUCCUACGAUGUAUAUUUGGCUCCUGGUUCGCGCGCGUCAGUGCCCUCCCCAGGGAGCCGAAAUCGGCGAGGCUUUCAAGACGAUGUGCAACGUCCACCUGGUGCGCUAA